GGAAAAUUUAAAUAAAUAAACACUGUUACUCAAAAUAUCAAUAUAAUGUCUGAUAACGUGUAUAAACCAACUAAUUUAUUGGAUAGAUGGAUUCAGGAAAACAACGAGUUGGUGAAUAAAUGGAAGCAGCAAGAAGGAAGAGGAGAUACCUUGAGUCCAGACCAGAACCAGAGCCGUAGAUGGUGGUCUUCUGAGUUCCACAAACUUUUAAGAAAAAUCCAAGGUGUUCCUCCUCUUGCAGACAUGCAGAUAGAGCUGUCAGUGGUGUACAAUGCCUGUUUGUACUCUAUCGCUCUGUCUCAGGCUUCAGAAGCUGAGCUACUCCUCACACAAACCACAGAAAGAGUUCUACAGAUGACUGGAGAUGACCCCAUGGCUUCAGACACCCCUGUAUUUUGGAGAAUUGUUCUCAAAUCAGUGGAAAACACAGCUUUGAAUGCCAGUGUACUGCACCUUUUCUGCCUGCAGUGGGCAAUCUGGCUGACAACCUGCAGGCUGAAAACUAUACAAGAAUUUCAGGAGGAGCUGUCCUGUCUGUUUGAGAAAAUUUCUGCUGGAGUUGGGGAUGACAUGACAAGUGAGGCGAGGGGAAGGUCUUCUAACGCUUCACUAUUGGUGAUGGACCCAAUAAGACUUAUUGAAUUAUUGCAGAUCUGCACCUUUAUUGUCCAAGGUGCAGAGAGGCUGAAUGAGGGUCGGAGUUCAGAAGCACUGACUGAUCUGCAGACAGCUUCCUCCCUGCCAGCUCCCAGAUCUCUAUUAGCAUACUCACAUCUCCUGUCAGGCUCCUGCCUUGCCCAUAUGAGCUGCCCUCAGAUGGCAUUGCAGUGUUUCAGGAAGGCGCUGGAGACGGAUUCACGCUGCAUAUGUGCUCUUUACAAGAGCAUGCUCAUCUACAGACAGCUGGAGAACACACAGGCUGAGAUACAAGCUCUUCGUUUGCUGCAUUCAACAUUGAUGUUGCCCUCUGCCACAGAGCCCAUUGUAGCCGAUACUCAUCUCUUAUCCCCGUCCUUACUACUUCGGAGCCAAUCUGUGAGCAAUCUGCUCUUUGUCCCCUCUGCCCUCUCUGUCCUCCACAGUUUGGCUCUGAAGUGCGUGCUCCAUGGGAGGGUGUCAGACAGUGUGGAGUAUUAUCUGGACUUGCUGGCUGUUCUUCACUCAGAACAUCAACACGAAGUGUAUGCUGAGGUGCCUUCUCUCCCUAGGUUACCUGAGCUCUACCUGGAAGCCGGUGCUGCCUUGCUCAUGGCCCGACGUCCUGUGGAUUGCGUGGCGCUGUGCGAUGAAGUCAUCAGCACAACACUGGAGCUGCUGCCAAAGAAGGUGGUGUUGGAAGAGCUGGAGGAGAAGAGUGAGGCAGUGACCGGGGCAGUGUGUGCUGGGGAUAAAGAAAGGGUGGCGAUGCUGCUCUGGACUGGUGCUGCUUACCUCCUCCAGGGUCACUGCCACACUCACACGAAGGACUGGAAACAAGCUGUAACUUAUUACACAAGGUGUAUCAACCUGCUGGUGAAUGUGCGCUUUAAAAAGAAAGGGUUCCAACCACAGAUUCCCAGUGCCGACAUGGUUGACAGACAGAGAACAGAUCUGUGUAUCCUGCAGAGGCUGAAGGGGCUUUCAUUAGCUGGUAGAGGGGUCAGCUUCACCCAGACAGACACACUCAAAGAGGCACUGAGAGACUUACAGCUCAGCCUGCAGGCAUUCCCAGAGUGUGUGGCUGCAGGGUUGUGGUGUGGUGAAGUCCUGUGGAGGCUUGGCAGGAGACGGGAGGCAGCUGCCUGCUGGGAAAAGACCUGGAGUUUCACCACACAAUCCACUGCAGAAAUUGUUCCUGUGUACUUGCAGGAACCCCAGUCUGGCCCCUCGUUGGACUCCACAGAGCUCCACAACAGAAUACAGGAACUUGGUCCUCCCUAGUGCGCCUGGAGAGGUAGAAAAGAAGAAUACCCUAUCACUUACAGAACGAGAUCGACUUUCUCAUGCCUGUGAGCUAAAACCUGUACCCACAACAAACGUGUUUGCUGGGAUAGCAAAGUAAAGCAUCUUGAAUUGUAAUUUAAAGAUGAAGAAUGAACACG